GAUGAAUUGGAAGGAUGGCGAUCUUCAUUCGAGAGGAUAAUGCGGAGUCACACUGGAAGGCAGGUUUUUAGGGGUUAUUUAAAAUCAGAGUACAGUGAAGAAAAUAUGUUGUUUUGGCUUGCCAUAGAAGAUUAUAGAAAAGUUAAAGAUUGUCGAACGAGAGAAGAGAAGGCACGAAUAAUAUACGAAGAUUACAUAUCCAUUCUGUCACCUAAAGAAGUCAGUUUGGACUCACGAGUGCGGGAGGUGAUAAAUGCACAGAUGGUGAACCCGACGAAGGAGAUAUUUGAUGAUGCACAACUUCAAAUUUUUACUCUCAUGCAACGAGAUUCCUACCCUCGUUUCUUAAACUCACAACUCUUCAAGAGCCUA